GACAAGUAGCGUAUAAUGAAGGCGUGUGCUGACUGGCUGUUUUGUUUCCGGGAUUCCAGUCAGUAUAGUGGUCUGGUCUUAACAACGUUCAGUGCAAGAAGGGGGGAAAAACUCUGUCUUGCGGUCAGCAUGGCCCCCGGAACGGUGGUUACAUUUAGCGAAUGUCUCACAGAAUGGGAAGAGUUGGAAAAGGAUUACCAGCAGAUUCAGGACACUCACAAGUUAUAUAAACAGAAAUUGGAAGAUGUGAUCAAGCUUCAAGGUAGCUGCAGUGGUCUGAUUGCACGACAGAAGAAGAAACUCCGUGAACUGUCAGAAACAAUAAAAACAUGCAAAUCCUCUGGGAAUGCGGAUGAAAGUGACUCCAUUAACAGAAUACAGCAACUCAUCAGAGGAAAGCAGAAUCACUUCUUUGAAAUGGAAGCAUUUUUGCCCAAGAAAAAUGGGCUAUACUUGAGUUUGGUUUUGGGUAAUGUGAAUGUCACUCUCCUCAGCAAACAGGCUAAGUUUGCUUACAAAGAUGAAUAUGAGAAAUUCAAACUUUAUCUCACUAUCAUUCUUGUCAUUGUCUCUUUCACAUGCCGUUUUUUGCUGAACUACAGGGCAGUGGAUUCAGUACUCAACUUUUUACUGGUGUGGUACUACUGCACUCUGACAAUUCGGGAGAGUAUCCUCAUUAACAAUGGCUCCAGAAUUAAAGGCUGGUGGGUGUUCCAUCAUUACAUCUCAACAUUCCUAUCAGGAGUCAUGCUGACAUGGCCAGAUGACCUAAUGUACCAGAUGUUUCGAAACCAGUUUCUCUUUUUUACAAUGUAUCAAAGUUUUGUCCAGUUCUUACAGUAUUAUUAUCAGAGUGGCUGUUUGUACAGACUAAGAGCACUUGGAGAAAGGCACACCAUGGACUUGACUGUUGAGGGCUUCCAGUCCUGGAUGUGGAGGGGUCUGACUUUCCUUCUGCCUUUCUUGUUCUUUGGGCAUUUCUGGCAGUUUUACAAUGCAGUCACACUCUUCCAAAUGACCAGAUAUCCAGCAUGCAAAGAAUGGCAGGUGCCAAUGUGUGGUCUCACAUUCUUUGCCCUUUUUCUUGGAAACUUUUCAACCACCCUGAGAGUUGUGCAUCAGAAGUUCCAGAAGCAGAAAGAAGACAAAAAGGAAGCAUGAGCAGAGACGGACUUGUCACGUUUGUCAUACACCCCCAACAAUUCUAAUAAAUGUGUAUCUAGUCCUGUUGUAUUACAAAAUCAUUUUACAAGCAAAGAAUAAGAGGUGUAUGCUGUGAAAUUGCUGCUGUUGUUGUGGACCUCAUCACUGAAAAGUACUGCUCAACAAAUGAGUCUGUGCCUGCCCCUAGGUUACAAGACUUGAGAGCAUUCAUUGACUACACACAGUCUACAGUGUUAGGUUUAGAUUUUCUUUCCAUUGUUUUGGAGAGCCUAAAGAUAAUCUCGUUGACAUUUGUGCUAAUGGUUACUGCCUCAUUUUUAUUGCUUUUGUUUGCCCGGGAUACACCUUUUUCAGUGGGUGAAUUGCAGUCCAUAGGAUCUCACACCAUUAAAUGUAUACAUUGUUUUUGUA